UCAUCAAACCAAAUCUCCAAUUAUUAUUUAAAUAAUUUUCUUUUUGGGUUUUUCAUUUUAAAUAUCGCAUCCAAAAACCCCACAAAUUUUUCUCCCCCUUUCUCAAUCUUUGUUCUCCCCUUUUUUCCCCAACCGAAACACAACACAACACAACACACACACUCUUUGGUCAACCUAGUCCUCACUUUCUCGAAUCAACUUCGUCACGGUUCUUUCCUGCGUUCAUUUCUCAGAUUCCACCCAAAAAAAAAUAAACAAUUAAAUUUUAAUAUUUAUUUUUUAUAAGUGAACCGUGAAAUGGGUUUUUCUGUUUCUUUAUGUUGCUCUUAGAUCUGUUCAUGACUGUUCUCGAUCUACCUAGGUUUAUCCAUGAGGUUAGAUCAAAAUAAUUUUAUCAAAUUGAUUAUUUUUGUGGUUUGAUCUGUACCCUUUGAGCUAAAGAGUGUUUUUUUGGUUCAUUUUAUGUUACUUUUAUUGGGAAAAUCUUAUGGGUUGUAUCCUUUUGUGGUUAGGAGUUUGAUGAUGAUGCAUGGUCAAGUGAGUGAUAAUGGGGUGGUUGUGGGGUUUGAUGGGUUUUUAGGUACUUGGGUUUCUCGUUUGUAUUUGUAUUUGUUGAGGGUGUUGAGGUUUAGGUAUCUGGUGGGGUUGUGUUGUUUUGUUCAAUAAUGGGUAACGGCACUUCUCGUGUUGUUGGUUGUUUGGUGCCAUUCAAUGGUAAAAAUGGUGUUGAUUUGGAGUUUUUAGAGCCAUUAGAUGAAGGUUUAGGCCAUUCUUUUUGUUAUGUCAGACCAACUUUGUUUGAAUCUCCGGCUAUUAGUCCCUCGAACUCAGAGAGGUUUACGGUUGAUUCAAGUACACUUGAUUCGGAAACCUUGAGUGGUUCCUUUAGGCAUGAUAGCAUGGAGGAUUCUAAUUGUUCUGGUUUACACAAGCAGGCUAAGAAUUUUCCUGAAACUACGUUUAAAACGAUUUCGGGGGCUUCUGUUAGUGCUAAUGUUUCCACAGCAAGGACUGGUGGUAACCAGAGUGCAUUGUUUGCUGGUGAUUUCUUGGAACCUGCUGCAUCGUUUGAGGGAACUGCUUCUUUUGCUGCGAUUCCUUUGCAGCCGGUUCCUCGUGGUUCUGGACCUUUGAAUGGUUUUAUGUCUGGUCCUUUGGAGAGAGGCUUUGCUUCAGGUCCAUUAGAUAGAAGUGGCGGUUUCAUGUCUGGGCCAAUAGAGAAAGGAGUUAUGUCAGGUCCUCUUGAUGACACUGAUAAAUCAAACUUUUCGGCACCCCUUGCGCGUGGUCGCAGGAGGCCGCGUCUACAACAUCUCAUGAGAAGUGUUAGUGGACCGAUGAAGAACACGUUUUCUCGAACUUUCUCUAAGCAUUCCAUGGGUGGAAGUUGGAUGCAAAGGUUAUUCUUUCAACCGGUUACUCAAUUGGCAUGGCAUUCCAGAGACACGAAGUCUAAGCCAGAAGUGUCUAGGAACUGUGGUAUCGAUGUUGGAUCAUAUGAAGCUGAGUAUAAACAUACACAUAAUUUGCAGUGGGCUCAAGGAAAGGCUGGUGAAGAUAGGGUUCAUGUAGUUCUUUCAGAAGAACAAGGGUGGUUGUUUAUUGGGAUAUAUGAUGGUUUUAGUGGACCGGAUGCACCUGAUUUUUUGAUGAGCCAUCUUUAUAGAUUUCUAGACAAAGAAUUGGAAGGCUUACUUUGGGAUUAUGAAGAUAAUCCUGUUGACGUACUUAAACCUGAAGUCCAUGAAACCGUAAAAGCUACUGUUGCUCCAGAAUGCAGUAGAAAAGAAAUGUCUGAGACUCAUAUGAAAUCCAAUCAUGAAUGUUUUGAAGCUUCUUCUGGUCCUGAAUUAAUCAAGGAUCAAUCAUUUAACAGUGAGAUAGUUGAGGAAAACGAUGAAGUUAAUGUAAAUGUUGAACACCAGUUAUCUAAUUGUGGAAGUAACUCUACUGAUUCUAAUUCUAUUCAACAUGGAAAGUUGACCGGUAAAGGGAGAAAAAGUUUGAGGCUUUAUGAACUUCUUCAAAUGGAAUCUUGGGAUGAUCAAUAUAAUGAUUCUUCAGUUCCGGAGGAAUCAAAACUAGAUGGGCAUACAAGAUCUUGCUCGUCUAAUGCAAGAGAAGAUGGCUUUAGACAUCAGGACGAAGGUCCGUCUACAUCAGGAGAAAAUGGAGGCACUAGGUUUGAUUCAACCAAUGAGGAGCACCAAGCAGUUUUUUCUGUAACACGACAGAACUCAAAAAAGUCGUUCAGUGCAAAAAUUAAAAAAAUGUACAAGAAGCCAAGGUCGUUGUGCAAGAAACUCUUUCCUUGGAGUUAUGAUUGGCACAGGGAGGAAAGUAGCGUUGAUGAGAAAAUAAUAGAAGCCUCGGGACCUAUUAGGAAAUGCAGGUCUGGAGUAGAUCAUAAUGCAGUUUUAAGAGCAAUGGCUCGAGCCCUUGAAAGAACAGAAGAUGCAUACAUGGAAAUGGCGGAGCAUAAUCUGGAAAAAAAUCCAGAACUUGCUAUAAUGGGAUCAUGCGUUCUAGUGAUGUUGAUGAAGGAUCAAGAUGUUUAUGUCAUGAAUCUGGGAGAUAGUCGUGUGAUUUUGGCUCAAGAAAGAUCAAACGAUCGUCAUCCUAAUUCUAUUUCUGUCAAGGAUGACCUUAGGCAUAAAAAUCGAUCUAGAGAGGCAUUAGUACGCAUGGAGCUGGAUAGGAUUUCGGAGGAGUCCCCAAUUCACAACCAAAACAAUCAUGUUAUCAAGAUGAACAAAAACCGUGAGAUAUCCUUUUGCAAAUUAAAAAUGAGGGCUCUGCAGCUUUCUACAGAUCACAGCACCAGUAUUGAAGAGGAAGUAUGCAGAAUAAGAGCAGAACACCCUGAUGAUAGUCAAGCCAUAUUAAAUGAUCGAGUGAAAGGACAUUUAAAAGUUACUAGAGCAUUUGGUGCCGGUUUCUUGAAGAGGCCGUCUUUUAAUGAAGCUCUACUGGAGGUGUUUCAAGUUAAUUAUGUCGGCUCUGCUCCUUACCUAAGUUGCACCCCUUCUGUUCUUCACCACCGACUUUCCUCAAGUGAUCGGUUCUUGGUACUCUCCUCUGAUGGGCUUUACCAAUAUUUCAGCAAUGAAGAGGUAGUUGCCCAUGUCACAUGGUUCAUGGAAAAUGUUCCAGAAGGUGAUCCGGCACAAUACCUUAUUGCAGAGCUUCUCUUCUGUGCUGCUAAAAAGAAUGGAAUGGACUUUCAUGAAUUGCUUGAUAUUCCUCAUGGAGACCGGCGUAAAUAUCACGAUGAUGUAUCGGUCAUGGUGGUUUCUUUGGAGGGAAGGAUUUGGAGAUCAUCGGGAUAGCCCUUGUUUUAAAGUGCUCCUCUGUUUAAUUUUUGGCUAGCUGCCCCCCCAUAUUUGUUGCAUAUUAUCUUGAUGUUGAAACAAUUUUGGGCCAGUAAAAUGAUUUUAGAAAUCAAAGUUAAAUAGUCUUUUGAUA